AUGAAGAGUUCAAAUGCUGCAUGCAGCACUGCAAUGGAGCCACAGGCUGCCUCACUCAGCCCCUGCGUCCCGUCCUCUUCUGUGUCUUCAAAACUUGGCCAAAGCAACUUGAGGAGAAUCAGCCGCACAGAGGACAGCAGUGUUUAUCCCAUCCCUGGCCUGGCAGAUGACAUUCUGCACAUGAGAGUGAAGGAGGGAAGCAAGAUCCGCAAUUUACUGCGGUUUGUGACAGCUCGCAUGCACGGGGAGGGGAGAGACGGCAACGGGACAUCUCUGAGGCAGGUGGUCUUCACUGGCUCAGGUAGGGGAGUCACCAAGACUAUCACCUGCGUGGAGAUCCUGAAACGUAAAGUGGGAGGGCUGCACCAGGUGUCCAAAAUCUACUACAAGACAGUGAAUGAGGUCUGGGAGGAUCCACAACAGGGAGCUGCAGGGACAAGCACGCAGAGGACGAUCCCUGCCAUCUGUAUGCUGCUCUCUAAAGACCCUCUGGAUCCCCAGGAGCCUGGAUACCAACCUCCACAGUCCCUGGGUGUUCCUGCAGAGGACACAGAGAGAUGCAGGGCUCUGCUCAGGCCAGCUCAAAGUCCGUCCUCAGAGGACAGAGCCAAGAGACUGUGUCAGGACGACUGGAGCAUGUGGUCCCCCUGA